AAAAAACACAGAAGCAACAAUGAACUUCUCUCUUCUUUUUAGCCAUGUUUUGCUGAAAGGAAAAUCCGUGCUCCUAAUUUUCCUUCCCUUCACUUUCGGUCUUCCCGCCCUCCGCCGCACACUGCUCUGGAGAUCGAUAAUGGGACUCUCCGGGCUGCUUUCCGGUCACCGGAACUCCGUACAAGGUUCCGAUUUCCACAACUACACUUCAUGGCUGAAACAAUACCCCAGUGGUUUGGAAUCGUUUGAGUCCAUAAUGAAAGAGCUACCGAGGAAGAAGAUUGUGGUGUUCUUGGAUUAUGAUGGAACCCUUUCUCCCAUUGUGGAUGAUCCUGAUCGAGCUUUCAUGUCUCCUGAGAUGAGAGAAGCUGUGAGAGAAGUGGCAAAAGGCUUUCCGACUGCCAUAAUAAGCGGAAGAAGCCGAGAAAAGGUAAAGGAGUUCGUGAAAUUGAGGAAUCUGCACUAUGCUGGGAGCCAUGGAUUAGACAUUAUGUCUCCAAAUUCGGACAAUGAGGCUAAUGGGGUUUCCUAUCAACCAGCCAAGAAGUUUUUACCAAAAAUUCAACAAAUAAAACGCGUAUUAGAGGAAGAAACUAGAAAGAUCGAAGGUGCAUUGGUGGAGGAUAAUACGUUUUGUGUUUCUGUACACUUUCGGCACGUGCACGAAAGGGAGUUGGCGGAAUUAGAAAAGAAGGUAGAGACUGUUAUGGAAAAAUAUCCUGAUUUUCAUGUAACGCAGGGCAAAAAGGUUAUGGAAAUAAGGCCGACCAUUAAUUGGAACAAAGGGCAUGCAAUGGAGUAUUAUCUGCACAGUCUGGGACAUAACGACACCGACGAUGUGGUUCCUUUGUACAUUGGCGAUGAUCAAACGGACGAGGACGCUUUCAAGGUAAUACAAAGGAAAGGACAUGGAAUUGCGAUACUCGUGGCAUCCAUUCCAAAGCACACAAACGCUUCCUACUCGUUGAAGGACCCAUCGGAGGUUCUUGCUUUUUUGCUAAGGCUGGCCAGAUGGAGGAACUCCACAGCCCCUUCAAUUACAACCCCAUCUCCUAAUAUUUAAAAAUGGAGUGGGUGAUUUUUUAGUAAAAUAUUUGGGUUAUUUAAGCAUCCACCAAAGUGUAUAUGGCUUUGGUAAUAACAGAGAUGCAUUACCAAAUCCUUUUACUAAUUACCCAUCUUUUAUUUUACAUCAAUAUAUUUAAUAUAUGUACUAAUACUCCUA